GGUUUCAGUCUGAAACAACACCGUCAAAAUGGCGAAGAUCGCCAAAACGCACGAAGAUAUUGAGGCCCAGAUCCUUGAGAUCCAGGGUAUGAGGGCCUCCCUGGUAGAAAAUGGAGAGCAAGGAGUGGGCGUGGACUCCACUGGUGUUUACGACUUUGAGAUCUAUGGAGGCAGCGACAGCCGUUUUGCUGGAUAUGUCACUUCUAUUGCUGCUAAUGAACAAGAGGAUGAUGAUGAUGUCGACACAUCAACAAGCUUGUUGGGACAAAAGAAACCAGGCUAUCAUGCACCAGUAGCAAUACUUAACGCCAUUCCUCAGUCAGAUGAGCARUACGACCCAUUUGCAGAGCAUCGCCCACCGAAGAUCGCUGAGCGAGAGGAUGAAUACAAAGGCCGACGCAGACAUAUGAUCAUCUCACCCGAACGUCACGACCCUUUUGCAGAUGGGGGCAAAACGCCGGACCCCAAGCUUCAGGUCAGGUCUUACGUGGACGUCAUGAUGGAGCAGAACCUGUCAAAAGAGGAGAGGGAGAUUCGUCAGCAGUUGGUGGAAAAGGCUAAAUCAGGAGACCUAAAAGCUGUCAAUGGGGCCGCUGCUGCCCAAGCUGCCGCCCAAGCUGCUGCAAAACGUAAGCGACGUUGGGACCAGACAGCCGACCAAACCCCAUCCAAUGCCACACCCAAAAAGAUGUCCAGCUGGGACCAGGCUGAUGCCACUUCUGAGACUCCAGGACACACUCCUGCACACACACCCUCAAACAGCAGAUGGGAUGAGACCCCUGGUCGCCCUAAAGGCAGUGAGACCCCAGGAGCCACCCCCAGUUUCUGUAUGUGGGAUCCAACGCCCAGCCACACRCCUGCUGGGGCUGCCACCCCUGGUAGGGACACACCUGGCCACGCCACACCUGGUCACGGUGGAGCCACAGGGAGCGUUCGCAAGAACCGCUGGGACGAAACCCCAAAGACUGAGAGGGAGACUCCGGGACACGGCAGUGGCUGGGCUGAAACCCCACGAACAGACCGAGGAGAGGAGUCUGUGGGCGAAACCCCAACCCCCGGGGCCAGUAAGAGGAAGUCUCGGUGGGAUGAAACCCCUGCCAGUCAGAUGGGCUCUUCAACCCCCCUGCUGACCCCAGGAAAGACUCCAUUAGGAACACCAGCAAUGAACAUGGCCACACCAACACCUGGACAUCUGAUGAGCAUGACUCCAGAGCAGCUGCAGGCCUGGAGAUGGGAGAGGGAGAUUGAUGAGAGGAACCGGCCUCUUACAGAUGACGAGCUUGACGCCAUGUUCCCAGAGGGAUACAAGGUCUUACCACCUCCAGCCGGUUAUGUUCCGAUCCGUACCCCAGCCCGUAAGCUGUCGGCCACACCCACACCUAUUGGAGGCAUGACUGGCUUCCACAUGCAGGCAGAGGACCGCACCACCAAACAGAUGAACGACCAGCCUUCAGGAAAUCUUCCCUUUCUUAAACCUGAUGACAUCCAGUACUUUGACAAACUCUUGGUUGAGGUGGAUGAGGCAACCCUGAGCCCAGAGGAACAGAAGGAAAGGAAGAUCAUGAAGCUCUUACUAAAGAUUAAAAAUGGAACACCACCCAUGAGAAAGGCUGCUCUGCGUCAAAUCACAGACAAAGCUCGUGAGUUCGGAGCCGGUCCACUCUUCAACCAGAUCCUGCCACUGCUCAUGUCUCCCACUCUUGAAGACCAGGAGCGCCACCUGCUGGUCAAAGUCAUCGACCGUAUCCUGUACAAACUGGACGACCUGGUUCGGCCAUACGUCCACAAGAUUCUGGUGGUGAUCGAACCGCUGCUCAUUGAUGAGGACUAUUACGCUCGAGUGGAAGGCAGAGAGAUCAUCUCCAACUUGGCAAAGGCUGCUGGCUUGGCCACAAUGAUCUCUACAAUGAGACCUGACAUCGACAACAUGGACGAGUAUGUCAGAAACACAACGGCUCGAGCCUUCGCUGUGGUGGCCUCGGCCCUCGGCAUUCCCUCCCUCCUGCCCUUCCUCAAAGCUGUGUGCAAAAGCAAGAAGUCGUGGCAAGCGCGACACACAGGCAUCAAGAUCGUACAGCAGAUUGCCAUCCUGAUGGGCUGCGCUAUUCUGCCUCACCUGCGCAGUUUGGUGGAGAUUAUCGAACACGGUCUGGUGGAUGAGCAGCAGAAGGUGAGGACCAUCAGUGCUCUGGCUAUAGCUGCCCUGGCUGAAGCUGCUACACCCUACGGUAUCGAGUCCUUCGACUCGGUGCUGAAGCCGCUCUGGAAAGGUAUCAGGCAGCACAGAGGAAAGGGUCUGGCUGCUUUCCUCAAAGCUAUUGGUUAUCUCAUCCCACUGAUGGAUGCUGAGUAUGCCAACUAUUACACCAGAGAGGUGAUGUUGAUCCUCAUCAGGGAGUUCCAGUCCCCYGACGAGGAGAUGAAGAAGAUCGUGCUCAAGGUGGUGAAACAGUGCUGUGGAACAGAUGGUGUGGAGGCAAACUACAUCAAAACGGAGAUCCUGCCGCCUUUCUUCAAGCACUUCUGGCAGCACAGGAUGGCUCUGGAUAGACGUAACUACAGACAGCUGGUGGACACCACAGUGGAGCUGGCCAACAAAGUGGGAGCAGCAGAGAUCAUUUCUCGCAUUGUUGACGAUCUAAAGGACGAGGCAGAGCAGUACAGGAAGAUGGUGAUGGAGACCAUUGAAAAGAUCAUGGGGAACCUGGGUGCAGCCGACAUCGACCACAAGCUGGAGGAGCAGCUGAUCGACGGCAUCCUGUACGCUUUUCAGGAACAGACCACAGAGGACUCCGUCAUGCUGAAUGGUUUCGGUACGGUUGUGAAYGCUCUUGGGAAGCGUGUGAAACCUUACCUGCCCCAGAUCUGCGGUACGGUGCUGUGGCGUCUCAACAAUAAGUCAGCUAAAGUGCGUCAGCAGGCAGCAGACCUGAUCUCUCGCACAGCAGUGGUGAUGAAGACCUGUCAGGAGGAGAAACUGAUGGGUCACUUAGGUGUGGUGCUGUAUGAGUACCUGGGAGAGGAGUACCCUGAAGUGCUGGGCAGCAUCCUGGGAGCACUAAAAGCCAUCGUUAACGUCAUCGGCAUGCACAAGAUGACUCCGCCCAUCAAAGACCUGCUUCCUCGUUUGACACCCAUCUUGAAAAACAGACAUGAGAAAGUUCAGGARAACUGCAUUGAUCUGGUGGGCAGGAUUGCUGACAGGGGAGCUGAAUAUGUGUCGGCCAGGGAGUGGAUGAGGAUUUGUUUUGAACUCCUGGAGCUUCUCAAAGCUCACAAAAAGGCCAUCCGCAGAGCCACAGUCAAYACGUUUGGUUACAUCGCCAAAGCUAUUGGGCCUCAUGACGUGUUGGCCACUUUGCUCAACAACUUGAAGGUUCAGGAGCGUCAGAACAGAGUUUGCACCACCGUGGCCAUCGCUAUCGUGGCUGAAACGUGUUCUCCGUUCACGGUGCUGCCAGCCCUGAUGAACGAAUACAGAGUYCCUGAACUCAACGUGCAGAACGGUGUCCUCAAGUCCCUCUCUUUCCUGUUUGAGUACAUCGGAGAGAUGGGCAAGGACUACAUCUACGCUGUCACCCCCCUGCUGGAAGAUGCACUUAUGGACAGGGUCUGUUCCACCCAGCUCGCAAAGUGAGAGACGUCUACUGGAAGAUCUACAACUCCAUCUACAUCGGCUCUCAGGAUGCCCUGAUCGCUCACUAUCCACAGGUCUACAACGAUGAGAAGAACGUCUACGUCCGCUACGAGUUGGAGUAUGUUGUGUAAAUACACAGGGAUCRCUUUCUCCUCUUAAUUGUCUCUAUCAGCACCUUCGGGUCAGUUUUUAUUUAGCGUGCGCUCGCAUUCAGCUUCUCCUGUUAAAGUUUAAAAAUUGGAGUUGAAAAAGAAAUCUUGUUGUCUUUUUGUAUUUUUUACUUUUAAUUUUUGGGUGUUUCCUGUUUGAAACAGUUGAUCAGAGUUGGUUUAGGAUUGCUGUCAUCACCGUAUGUUUUAAAUACCUGCAUUAUUUUGUCUGUGAAUCGAUAAACUUCUGAACCGCCGCACCUCCUCCUGUUGUUAGAUUAAUGCUUUAUUUAACCAAAUAAAACAUUUGUGUAUAAAA